AUGGAUGCUAUAAAAUGGAAAUAUUACAUCGUAUGGUGUAUUUGGUUAAUCUUUCAAAUGAACAUUGUAUAUUGGAUAUUCCCAGAAACAAAGGGCCUAGGUUUAGAAGAAGUUGCACAAGUUUUUGGCGAGGACGUUACUCGUGGAUAUAGGGCUGGUGAUGAAGCUCUUGAAUAUGGUACGGAUGCCGGUUUAUUUAAGCCUGAAGGAUCCGCAGAUCAUACUGAAGAUAAGAAUAAAGAAAAAGACUUAGUUUAA